ACAGCUCUUCUAGAGCACUAAUCAAAAUGGCUUCUGCCAAGUAAAACCGUCGGAAUUCCUAUUAGAACUCUUCUCUCACCGAUUUUUAUUCUUUAAAAAAAAUAUUAAACCGGCUUCACAAUAAUUGCAAAAUAAUCAAUUUGCAAACAAAAUCACAAUAAAAACUGUGUCCAUCGAUUUUCCUUCCUCACAAAAAAAACUAUAAAAGACCUAGAACUAAAGAGCUAAGAAAAAUGUGCUGACUUCUCAAAAUAUAAUUUUUUUUAUCAAGUGAAAUCUAUUCUCUCAUUUCCUGUUCGCUUUUUUUAUUCUCAAUACGACAACAAAAUAAGUACAGAAAAAAAAAGUACAAUCAUCGAAUUACUUAACGCGUAAUCCAUCGCGAUGGCGAACGGCAGCGGUGGCAACGGCAGCGGCGGCGGCAACUCUUCAGAAGGUUCUUCAUCCCGCGAAGAUGGGUCAUUGUACUUUAAAAAAAUCGGUUCCGCUCUUUUCUACGGAAUGGCUUCCUUCAUGAUAACCGUCGUCAAUAAAACAGUCCUCACAUCUUAUCAAUUCCCCUCGUUUCUAUUCCUAAGUUUGGGUCAACUAUGUGCCAGCAUUGUAGUCCUUUAUAUGGGAAAACGUCUCCGCUUGGUCACAUUCCCCGACAUUAGCCGAGACUCAUUUGGAAAGAUAUUUCCUCUCCCUUUGAUAUUCCUCGGCAAUAUGAUGUUCGGUCUGGGGGGUACAAAGGAACUUAGUCUUCCUAUGUUUGCUGCAUUGCGCAGAUUUUCAAUUCUUAUGACCAUGUUGUUGGAAUUGAAAAUCCUGAAAAUACGCCCCUCGACAGCUGUACAAGUGAGUGUAUAUGCAAUGAUUGGAGGUGCUCUCUUAGCAGCCAGUGACGAUCUAUCGUUCAAUCUAAAAGGCUAUGGCUAUGUAAUGAUUACAAACAGUCUAACUGCAGCCAAUGGAGUAUUCGUAAAAAAGAAAUUGGACACCAUCGAUAUGGGAAAGUAUGGCUUGAUGUUUUACAAUUCACUCUUCAUGUUCAUUCCCGCCCUUAUGAUUACCCUAUUUACUGGAGAUCUGGAGCAAUCGGUUAAUUUCUCACAAUGGAACAAUAUCUUCUUUAUUGUACAAUUCCUUAUGAGUUGUUUUAUGGGUUUUGUUUUAUCCUACAGCACAAUGCUGUGCACGCAAUAUAAUUCAGCUCUAACAACAACAAUUGUUGGAUGCUUGAAAAACAUAUGCGUGACAUACUUGGGUAUGUUUAUCGGUGGCGAUUACAUAUUCUCAUGGGUUAAUUGUAUUGGAAUCAAUAUAAGUGUGUUUGCUAGUCUGUUGUAUACAUAUGUGACUUUUAGGAGAAAGCAAGCACCGGAUAAGGAAUUGCUGAUACCGUUGAGUAAAGUUGAGUCGGUAUAUUUAUUCCUUUGUUAUUCAGUAAAAGAAUCAAAUACAAAAAAAAAAUUAUACGUAUACAUGUAUCGUCAUGAACAUUAUCAAUUUCUAUGGUCUUAUCUUCAUCAAUCUGUAAAAGUUUCAGGCAUUAUGUUGCGACGACUUCCUGAUGUUCUAUUACAGAGAUCAAAAAUACCUCUAAUGCGUGCUGAAUUUUCUAUGGCCGAGAAUUUGACUAUACCUAAAAAUGAAUCAUUCAAUGCCAAACUCAAUGAAGAAACUCAAACUGAAAUCCCAGAAAACUUAGAUAACUUUACUAAAGAGUUUAUGGGCAAUCGGAUUGAAGUAUCGCCAUUUCAAAGAUUCCUUCUAAGUGCAGGUUCUUCAGUGGCAGCAAUCGUUGACCCACAUCGUCAUGAUAUGAUUGCUUGCUUGGGUGAAACAACUGGAACAAAUGCCCUCCAAAAUAUGCUUGAAACUAUGAAAGCCACCGAAGAAGGACAGCGCAUUUUAGCUGAUAAACCACGUAUCAAUACAACAACAGUUGAUAUGAAUUAUCUACGAAGUUUGCCUGAAGAUAGCUUUGGAAGAUCAUAUGUUAAGUUUUUGGAUGAUAAUCAUGUGACGCCUGACUCACGAAUGGAGGUUCGAUUUAUAGAAGAUGCACAGCUGGCUUAUGUUAUGACAAGAUAUCGAGAAUGCCAUGACCUAGUGCACACGAUCUUAGGUAUGCCUACUAAUAUGUUGGGUGAAGUUGCUGUCAAAUGGGUGGAAGCUUUAAACACUGGAUUGCCGAUGUGUUAUGGUGGUGCUGUCUUUGGAGCUGCUCGCCUAAGGCCAAAACAAAGGAAAGAAUAUACAUCUAGAUACCUUCCAUGGUCGAUUCAAAAUGGAAAAUCAAUCAAACCACUAAUGGCUGUAUAUUGGGAAGAAAGAUGGAAACAGCCAAUUUCUGAAUUACGUGAUGAAUUGGGUAUUAUUCUGCUUACUUAAAAUUCAACACAAAUAAAAUAAUACUAUUUACAUUAGUUUAAAUUUAUUUUACAUUAAAAAACUUGAAAUCAAAAAUAAUUUUAAA